AUGUAUUCCCUGAUUCACCAUGGAAGAAGAUUGCUCGAUUUCCAGAAAUGUCGUAAUUUGAUAAUUUCUUCAGUGAAUCUUUUUCCAAAUGACUCUGCUUUCUCCGAUUCGUUCUUCUCUACUAGUGCUGGAGAUGGUCGAAAAGGUCAAAACUUUACGGUCUCUUACCUCAUUGAUUCACUGGGUUUCACUACGAAACUCGCAGAACCGAUCUCAAAGAAAGUCACUUUCGACGAGAAGAGAAAUCCAGACUCUGUUCUGAGUCUUCUUACAAGCCAUGGAUUCACAGAUUCUCAGAUCUCCGACAUUAUUACGGAUUAUCCACAGUUGCUUAUAGAAGAUGCGUAG